CGUCACGUUGACAGUUUGUUUGUCACGAUGAGUACGUAAGUGCGGACGAGUCAGGGACGAGGCGUCUUCCCCGUCCUCCCGCCAGCAGAUACCAUGCUCUCUUUGGGCUGGUUCUCAGCCCUGGCCAUGGCUCUUUUCUCGCUUCAUAUGUUGCAGGCACUUUGUUUUCCGUACUUUUGGAAAGAUUUCGUCUUCCUGUGGAGUGUGGUUCGAUACGGCGUGCGACUGGAGCUGUUUAAGCUGACCUCCAGGGUGUGCACCGUGCUGGACAGGUUCAUCCAGCAGGCUCACCGCAUCCCCAACAAGGCUUUUGUCAUAUACGAAGGACGUAUCUUCACCUAUAAGGACGUGGAGCUUCGUAGCAACAGGCUGGCCAAUGUUUUCCUCCACAAACUCGACGUGAGGAAAGGCGACUGCGUUGCCUUGCUCAUGAACAACGAGCCCGACUUCAUCUGCGUCUGGUUCGCCUUGGCGAAGCUCGGCUGCUCGGUCGCGUUUCUCAACACCAACAUCAAGUCGAGAGCUUUGCUUCAUUGCUUCAGCUGCUGUGGAGCCAAAACCAUGAUAGUUGGCGCAGAUGUAGAAUGUGUUGAUGGCAUCAUUAGCACCUUAGUGGAGGACAACAUUCAGGUGUGGUCAAUGAGCAGCCAGUGCAGGAACACACAGGUGCAGAGCCUUUUGGCGCACGUCGACGCUGCCUCCGACAAACCCGUGCCGGCAAUUUUGCGCGCCGCCACCUCCCUCAAAACUCCAACCCUUUACAUCUUCACCUCUGGAACGACUGGGCUUCCUAAAGCAGCAGUGAUCACUCACCUCCAAAGCUUGAAGGCAUCAGGAGGGUUCUGGGCAUUCGGAGUGACCCACAAUGACGUUGUGUACAUCCCUCUGCCUCUUUACCACAGUGCAGCUUCACUGGUUGGUAUAGGGGGAACCAUUGAGCUUGGUGCGACCUGCGUUCUAAAGAAGAAGUUCUCAGCAUCACAGUUCUGGAGUGACUGUCGAAAGAAUAAUGUGACAGUUUUCCAGUAUAUUGGUGAACUCUGCAGAUACCUCUGCAACCAACCCAAGACAGAGCUGGACAAAGUACACAGAGUGCGGAUGGGAGUCGGGAAUGGAUUGCGUCAGGAUGUCUGGAAAGAGUUCCACAGACGUUUCGGGAAAAUUCAAAUGUGUGAGGUGUACGGCUCCACCGAGGGGAACCUGUGUUUCAUGAACCACGUUGGAAAAAUCGGCACAGUGGGACGUUCAAACUUCUUCUACAGGCUCCUGUUCAAGUAUGAUCUGGUUAAGUAUGACAUGAAGAAAGACCAGCCAAUGAAAGAUCAGUUUGGUUUCUGUCAGCGCGUGAAGAAGGGUGAGACGGGGCUAUUACUCUCAAAAGUAAGCGCCCUCAGCCCUUUCUUUGGCUACGCCGGAAGCAAGCAGCUGACGGAGAACAAGCUGAUAAGAAACGUGUUUGUGAAGGGAGACGUCUACAUGAACACGGGGGACCUGAUGGCUGAGGACCACGAGGGCUUCAUCGCUUUCAAAGACCGAGUGGGAGACACCUUUAGGUGGAAAGGUGAAAAUGUAGCAACAACAGAGGUGGCAGAGACUCUGGGUUUACUGGACUUUGUUCAGGAAGUCAAUGUGUAUGGAGUGGCAGUACCAGGACAUGAAGGAAGAGCAGGAAUGGCUGCCAUGAUUUUAAGACCAGACCUCACUUUUGAUGGGAACAAACUUUUUAAGCACGUGGUGAUGGAUUUACCCACUUACGCUCAACCCCUUUUUAUAAGACUUCAGGUCGUCAUGGAAACGACGAGCACUUUAAAGCAGCAGAAGUUUCAACUGGUUGAGAGCGGCUUUAACCCCUCAGCUAUAGCAGAUCCUCUUUACGUGUUGGACUAUCAGCAGAACAGCUACGUACCUUUGACGGACGGAAUAUACCAGAGUAUAGUCUGUGGAGAACGCAAGCUAUAACACUUUUCCAAGGAGCGUAUGUUGACACACAUGCAAGCACGUAAAAUGACGAAUUAGAUCGUCUUGACGAGGGGUGUCCUGAUCCAAUACGAUAUCGGCAAAAAUAGGAUUUGCUGAAAUAAAUUCACUAAAGGUCAACAUUCACUAUAGGCUACUAGGAGCUAUACAGCAGCUAAGCACACACUAGCACGCAAGCUAGACAUAUGUAAUAAGUGUCCUUAUUUGUAUAAUAUUGCAGUCUAAAAUAUGAAGUCAAUAUUAAGUAUCAAAUACUUCGAGCUGCAUAGUAAUGACACAUUCAAGGUCUCAAAGGCAUUAGAAAGUAUCCAGUAACAAACGUGUCCGCAUCAUUCAACUUAUUAUGUCAUAAGCUUAACUCAAUUAAUUAUUGUGGCCACUUGGUGUCGAUUGAAAGGCAGCAUAAGUCAAUUCUGGAGGGUUAAUAAUAAAGGUAUGUACGAUUUGUGCUGAUAUCGUAUCGGAUCAAUAUCGACCAAUACUCAAAGCUCCAAUAUCUGUACGAUAUCGUUGGCGAAACAGCUCUAAAAGGGACACCCCGAGUUUUGACGUAGUUACUUCACGUUUUACGAACGACUCACACACUUUGUUAAAAGCUACACACUAACCGUUUUCACAGUUUGUCUGUCAAUAAAAUACAUGUACACAACUA